ACCUUUUUUGAUUUUCGGAUUUUUUUUUUUUUUUUUGCUGUUUGCUGAGAGUGUUCCCCGCCCGAACUUGACAAAUGGCCGGUAUUAUAUAGAAAAUAGUCUCACUUUCUCAGACCCGGGAAUCCAUUUCUGCAUUAUGUUCACCAUCGAAUGUGAAAAGAUGCGGCCAACCAAACACUCGAUUAUUCCAUUCUAUGCGCGUGUCUAUCUGAGUAUGGUUUAAUGAUGUUUUGAAUUCUGUUGUUUGUUUUUCACAUUGGAUCGAGCACAUCAACUAUAUUAACCAGAUUUGAAAGAUUCAGAUAUGGAUUUUUUUUAGCAAAUCCAAUUUUUUAUAAAAAUGUAAACAAUUAGAUGAUAUGGUUUUUGGUCAUUUACUCGAACAACAACAUUACGAAAAUCAUUAAUAAUAAUCUAUUGGAGAAUCAUGUCGUCAUCAGCAUCGGAAACAAGCGAAACACCAUCGACUGGUAUUAGUAAUUGCAAAAGUAUAUGCAUUGUUAUUGUUGUCAUUGGUUGUUUUGCUGUUUUGUGGCCAAAAAUUUUCUAUCCAAUGCUUUUAUAUGGUAUACGUUGGGAUACCCGUCAAUCGAUCGAUAAUGCAAAUAAAUAUAUACUACCACCAAAAGUAAUGGAAGCAAUGCGACAAUCACCAACGAAAAAUCCACAACCACAAAAACUUCCAGGAAGGCCACAAUUUUACACAGGAAAACGUGAAAUAUCUACCAAUAUAGGUGGUGGCCAAAACAGCGUUUGGAAUAUAUUUGUUCCAUUAUAUGCCUUAAUUUUGAUCGUUAUUUUUAUGUACGCAUUAUUUAAGUUAUCACUAAAAUCUGAUGAUAUUCAAUCAACUACAAUUAGAGGAUCUCGACUACAAUUACGACAACAAUCAUCGUGGUCAUCAUUACAUGAUCCUAAACAAUGUCGUGAAUGUCAAUAUGAUUUAGUAAGACAAGAAUAUACAAACAAACGUUAUGAUCCAUUCAUGUCACGAAGUUCAUAUCGAACUUUUGAUUAUUAUGGACGUAGAAAUGUAAGUCGAAUAAUGCAUUCAUUAGUUGAAGAUGUUAAAACAUUCAGUGAACAUCUAACCAAAACGGAGAAAUGUUCAUGUAAAUUGGCUAAAUAUGAUAAAGAUGGUAAUGAAGCGGAAAGUUUCCUCAAAACAAAUAAACAAAUCAAUGAUGAACCGAUAAAGCAAAACAAAGAAGAUAAUGAACAGCAGCAACAACAACAACAACAACUAAAACAACAAGAUUCAGUAAUCGUAAUAGAAGAAAAUUUGACGAUCGAAAAUCCAUACAUUGAUAAUAUUAAGGAGAACGUUGAUGUAACUGCAGCACAGCAGGAUCAUAAAGAUGAUAAUGAUGAUGAUAUUGAACAGAUUCAUCAUACGAUGACAGAUGAAUGUCACGAGAACGAUGGCCAAAAUAGCAAUGAAAACGUGAGGGAAAAUAAAGAAAAUAUUAUUGAACAACAACAACCAAAUGCUGUUGGAAUUUCAAAUAAACCACAUCGUACGAUAAGAAAACGUAUCAUUGAUAACUUUAAAACAAAAAUUUUCAAAGACAAAUGUAAUGACAAAUUUCAAGAAUUCGAACAUCAAUCGAAAAGUUCGCGGUCGAAAUUGGUCCGAAGAAUUAAUCACAAACUAGAUAAAUUUAAGCAUUUGAAGAAAAAAUGA